UGGCCCGGCGUGGGGGAAGGGAGUGAGGGCCGAGGCUACCGUGGUGGGUCCCCCGCCAAGCUGGUUAAGGGGAGUGAGAAGGCCCGGAGACUAACUCGACGAGAAACCCCGCGCCCCGGGAAAAAGAAACCCGGCUACACCCGCAGGCCGCCGGCGCUCUGUGAAGAUGGCGGGGCCUGAGCUACUGCUCGACUCCAACAUCCGCCUCUGGGUGGUCCUGCCAAUCGUUAUUAUCACCUUCUUCGUGGGCAUGAUCCGUCACUACGUGUCCAUCCUGCUGCAGAGCGACAAGAAGCUCACCCAGGAACAAGUCUCUGACAGUCAAGUCCUAAUUCGAAGCAGAGUCCUCAGGGAAAAUGGAAAAUACAUUCCCAAACAGUCAUUCUUGACACGAAAAUAUUACUUCAACAACCCAGAAGAUGGAUUUUUCAAAAAAACUAAAAGGAAGGUUGUGCCACCUUCUCCUAUGACUGAUCCCACUAUGCUCACAGACAUGAUGAAAGGCAAUGUAACAAAUGUCCUCCCUAUGAUUCUUAUUGGCGGAUGGAUCAACAUGACGUUUUCAGGCUUUGUCACAACCAAGGUACCAUUUCCACUGACCCUCCGUUUUAAGCCUAUGCUACAGCAAGGAAUUGAGCUACUCACAUUAGAUGCAUCCUGGGUGAGUUCUGCAUCCUGGUAUUUCCUCAAUGUUUUUGGGCUUCGGAGCAUUUACUCCCUGAUUUUGGGCCAAGAUAAUGCUGCUGACCAAUCACGGAUGAUGCAGGAGCAAAUGACUGGAGCAGCUGUGGCCAUGCCCGCAGAUACCAACAAAGCCUUUAAGACAGAGUGGGAAGCUUUGGAGCUGACAGAUCACCAGUGGGCACUAGAUGAUGUCGAAGAGGAGCUCAUGGCCAAAGACCUCCACUUCGAAGGCAUGUUCAAAAAGGAACUACAGACCUCUAUUUUCUGAAGACCAAGCAGGGGUUAGCUGUGUCAGGGACUCAGAGUAGCACUUAACUUUGUAACUUUUGUUUGAGCCAGAGCCCCUCAGAAUAAAAAGGUGGAUGCAUGA